AACUUCGAGACCGUGGCGCAGCACUGCGGCAGGUGACGCAACCAUCUGUAUCGUUUCAUCGCCCUCCGCUUCGAUAUCUUGUUCAUUCGGUAGUUUAGUCGGGCGCUAUCACCGAAUGAUCUAUUUUGCGUACAGUAUUACUCAACAAGAAAGUUUUACAAUGUUCUAAUUAAUGUUUCCCUUUUGGAUUAUACAACAUCACAAUUAUCAGUAUGGGGAAUUGCCCGGACGGAGGCACCAACGAUAUUUUAUUCCAAACGACAAUCAGUAAAACCUCCCGGAACAGUGUGUGUUACAGUGGCUGGAUCUUCCUGCGGUAUGGGGUCCGUAAUGACAUGCACGAACACUGGGAGAUAUCGUCCCUAGGAAGUACUGGAGGCUGGAAGACCAAUUUCCUGACUUUCAACAACAAACACGGUUGUUUGGACACCAAACGGCUGUACCCCCAGUGGUUCAAAAUCUUCGAGCUGGCCAAGCUAAAUGACACUUCUUGUCCUAUUCCUAAAGGUAACUACACGUUUACUUGCCUGGAUCUAUCUAACCUUCAGUUCGAGAGAACUAAUGUGAUGAUAUACGGGACGUACAGAGUAACCAUUAACUAUUUUCUGAACAAAGUAAAGAUCGGCUGCACCAUGUACCAAGGCGUCGUCUACCCCAGGGUCAACUGGACCGAGACGACCAACUCUUCAACGUCGUCCCUCGUCUCUGGAGGUCUGCACACCAGUGGCGUGGGGAGGCCGGUAUUAUCCACUACACAGGAUAUUUCCGUCCACCGUAUCUAAACACAUCUGACAUCUUUGAUUUGUGGAAUGUCAAGAGAGUGCAAGUUUCAACAUGUUAUACAGUGGAAACACAAUAAUUGGUGAAAAUAUAAUCUCAUUAACAAUCUUAUAAACCAUAGGAUAAGCUGAAAAUUACCCACUGAGUGGUUUAAAGACCUAAAUUGAAAUUUCCAGAAAUAGUUUUUUAAUGAAUUAGUGAUACGUGCAAAAGUGAAAGCAAAAAAAGGUAAAUUCCAAUUCAUUUGUUAAUUCUCUUAUUAAAAUAACAUUAACACGUAGAUUGCAGAUAAUGUAAUUUUCAGUUCAAUUUUGUAUAUUUGAAAUUUUGUAAAACGUUGCAGAGUAAAAUAAAUAAAACACGAUAGU